CACCUAAAAAUUAUUUUAUGUUUUUGGCUAUCUGAUGAUCUGCAAUGAAUAAAACUAAAAACAUAUACUAGUAAUCUGUGCUAAAAACGUAAUUGGAGCUAGUGGCUAGAUGCACAUCGUAAAAAGUAAUUAGUAAAAUAACGAGAACCUUCACUAUUCUUACGAUAUUUUGCCGUUUGAGCCAGUUUGAGGUAAAAGCGCUAAAACCAAUGAAAAAGCAAGUCAAAAUAAGUUUGAGGGGAAAAUGAAUCCAAAGAUUGUAGUGGAUCAUGAACUGUUUACUACAUGUCGGCUGUGUCUAGAAGAAAAGGGAAAGUACCAAAUUGUACCUGUAAUCCAGGAAAAUAUUAAAUUCGUAUUUGAUAUUGAGGUUGAGUUAAAUAAUGGGCUUCCACAGUUAAUAUGUGUUGAUUGUGAAAAACUUCUGAGUAACUUUGUUUGUACUAAGCAGUUGUUUCAAGAAAAGCAAAAAAGAUUGCAAAGCAGGCUUCAAUGUGAAACAAAUAAAUCUGAAGGGAGUGGUAUUAGUGCCGCUAAACCAAAUGAACAUAAACAUAGGAGAAGGUCACAGUCCAGAGAAGAGGAAUCUGAAGAACAAGAAAGGGUUGUUGUUACUUCGAGUGGUAAGGACACUAAAUUAAUUAUCAAGAAAAGUAAGAAAACCCUCAACAAAGGCUGGCGUAGCUCCUAUGUAAAACAGUUUGGAUGUAGGUUGUGUUCUGAAAAGUUUAAAAAGAAGGAUGAAAUUGAGAGUCAUAUAAGAACACACAAGAGAAAUGUAAAUAACGCAUGUUUUGUAAGGCUAGAGAAAUUUGAUGAUAGACCAAAUGUCACAGGAUCCACAAAAUUUGUUGUUUUAUAUAAAGAUAAAAUAAUGAGAAAUAAGACACAAUACUAUAUAGUGUAUUCACACAAGACCAACUCCCACUCCGAUUCUGAGGAUGAGGUGCUCCUUCCGAAGAGAAAAUUUAAGAGACUAAAACUAGAUUCGGAAAGUUCCAGUGACACAUUGGUGAUAGAUGAUAGUGAAGAAAUCAAAGCCGAGAUUAAGGAAGAAACGAAACAACAAACAAUAAAAAUCCAUGAUCGGCCACCUAGCAGUGCGAGCGAAAGUAAUUCGCAACCCCCACAAUUAAAUAACAUCCCGAGUGGAAAUUUGAUAGAUACACUUAUUACUGUCUGUUACAAUAAUUUACUGAAAAAAAUGGAUAGUGCAAGUAUAGCUAAAAACGCGGCAGAAAAAUCGCAACUCCGUCACAAAGUUUUAAGCAUAGGUUCGAAAAUUAUAAACUCAAAUCCUAUUAAUUGUAUUGGUAUACUUAGAUACUUAGAGCACAGAAACCUGGAAGUUAAUUUUAUAAUGAACGAAUCUAAUGACAAUUACGUGCGCAUUCGCACAAAAUUAAAAAACAAGAAAGAAAGAUCUAAUAAUGAAAUCGAAUGGAAAAGUCUGCAUAGUACAUCGAAUUCGGAGCCGACGACUGAUUUCUUUGAUGUUUUAAAUAAGGCUCUAAGACCGGAACCAUUUAUCGAGGACAAAGUUACAAGUUCGCCACGUACGUUAUAUGGUAUAUUGCUGAACGCUAAUCCUGUACCCAACCCGAAAAGGCUUCCAAAGAAAAACGAGGAAUCGGGUUUGAGCAUCCAGAUAUCGGUCGAAAGCCAAAACACUAGUCGCGGGAAUGGUAUCAAUACACAGAGUGUUUCGAACACAACGAGCAGUGCAGAUACUUCAACAGCUGACGGCAGUGCGCAAACAGCUCUACCGAGACUCAAGCUCAAGCCGGUGCACGAAUUAAUGGCGAAACGGGACGAACCGGGGGACAGUCGGUACUACUCGCAGCCGUACCACUGCUUCGCCGGCCCCGCGCAAUCCAACCGACCUGCGGCGGACGCGGCGGGCGCGCCUAACAUGUACGUCACCAACUAUAACCUCGCAAACAACGGGCCUAAUGCCCCGAAGUACGUCCACAUAGCACCCACAGCGACGAUGCGCCCCCUGUCUCAAAUAGGAAACACCAUGUCGAACGGUGUGGAGACCAAUUUAGUACGUAAACCGGACUGCAUGAUUUUAGACACGGUCGAAUUUCCGAAUACUUCGACGCCCUCGCCGUUCAUGUAUUUUAGAAAUUUACUUCAAUUUUACAAUAUUCGUUUACUGGAUAGCAAAACUAAGCUGCCGACCGGAUACCGCUGCCUUAUAAAUUUCAAGUUGAGCUACGUAGUGGGCGUUUCAGAUCAAACGGUACUGUUUCUGUCUCUGUUCAGCAAUGUGCAGUGUUUUUGCAUAAAGGUAGCGAACAGUCAGGGUGUAGAAGUUGACAUAAUGAAAAUGAAUGCCAAUUGGCAGUGGGAAAUACUUAAAGCUUUCACUGGUGAGAUCGUACCGGGACUCGUCGCUAACGCACGGAGUAUCAACAUGCCUAUGUACGAUUCGGUACAAAAAUUUAUAUGUCAUUUGAAAUCAAUAAAGAAUGUAGAAGUCCUCAGUUAAUUGUUGUUGAAAACUUUCAAUUUUAUUUAUUGUACUUAUAUAUGAAAGUUUGUAACAUAUCAAGUAGUUUCUACCCAUCAAAACUAUAUUGUUUAUGAAAAGUUCAGAGAAAUUACGAACAAAAUUACUUACUAUAGUAGUACAGUACAGUAUAGUACCACAGGGUGGUAACAUAAUAUGGCUAAGAAGCCAAUAAUACUGUAUAGUGUACCUAUAUUUUAGUUAAUAGGUCUAAAUAGCAAUACCUAUUUUACAUACUGCCGAUUAGUAGGUUUUUGCAGCGAGAAUAAACCUGAAUUAAAUUUAAAUCCAUAAGAGAACACAAAAUAAACUUCUAUAUAUUGAGUUAUAAUAAUAUUGUUAAAUGUUAUAGAACCAACAAACCGUAAAAUUAGUAGUAUAAAAGGAUCUGAUUUUUCUGUUUAGGUUUCGC